AUGGCUAAGUCUGGUAUGUCGACCAAGAGAAUAGUGAUCUUAUGGAUAGCAUGAAGUGAGGAGGAAAGAGAGAGAUCAACUUGCCAAUCUAUAGAAGCUGAAAGAGGUUUGAGAAAAACUACAUUGGGAAGGAGUAAAAGAAGACUUUGCAGCAGUGACGAUGAUGUUCAACCAUGAAAUCCAUUAAGCACUGCAAUAUCAUUUUGAGAGUUUGUUUUUCGACAACCGUUUUCAAGUUUGCAUUUGAGAGUUUGUUUUUCGACAACUGUUUUCAAGUUUGCAUUUAGAAGAAUCGUUAUUCGAUGAAAGCAAUAGUCGUCAACAAUAAGAGACUGUGAUUUUGUCCAUGAUAUCACUGGGCCAAAUUUCUCAAUUUGAGAAGCAUAUUUCAUUUUUCAUUUUUCGUCGUUCAUCUUUCAUCCUUGUCACUUCCCUUCAUGACUAGACGUUAAACCAGUUGUACUAACAUUUUUUGUUUUCUAGGAAUUGCUGUCGGUUUAAACAAGGGUCACAAGACUACCGCUAAGGAAGUUGCACCCAAAAUCUCAUACAGAAAAGGAGCUUUGUCUCAAAGAACCGUUUUCGUUAGAUCAAUCGUCUCGGAAGUCUCUGGAUUGGCCCCAUACGAAAGAAGAUUGAUUGAAUUGAUCAGAAACGCUGGUGAAAAGAGAGCCAAGAAGUUGGCCAAGAAGAGAUUGGGUACCCACAAGAGAGCUUUGAGAAAAGUUGAAGAGAUGAACAAGAUUAUUGCUGAAUCUAGAAGACACUAA